CAAGGCUAAAACACAGUUUCUCUGUGGGUAAUAUUUAACAGGCUGAUUCAGACCUUCAGUCACACUCUGAGAGAGGCUGGAGUGGAGAAUCUUCUGAAAACAUAUGUAGGAGGAUAUGAUUGAGAGCAGAACAAUGCUGUGACUUGUUCAGUGGAAUCAUGCGGGGUGUCCUCCUCCUAAAGCUGGUUCUCCUGGCAUGUGUGAUGCACGGGGUGCUCAGUGUGAUGCAGCUGGAGCCGAGGAACGCCACAGUCCUGCAGGGCGCCGAGGUGCGCUUUAACUGCAGCACUGACGAACUGUGGGAUGUGAUGGUAUGGCAGCUAAAUGGCCGAUCAAUACUGACCAUAUCUGCACUGCAUGGCCCUCUGGGAUAUCACGAAAGCGUCUGGGCAGUGAACCGAUCAGCCUCAGCUGUCUCUAUAUGGGAGUUUGUCCUUAAGAGUCCAGAAUUCAGUCCCACAGUUCAAGAGGUCACCUGUGAGCUGCUGCCAGGUAUUGUUCACAGAGAGACUGCAGCUUUAUCAGUGCAAGUAGAAGGACGAGUGCUGAUAUCGGGUGGAAACAUGUCUGUUCAGGUGGGAGCACCUGUGGUCCUGCAGUGUCAGGCUGUGGGCUGGUACCCCACCCCUGCUGUAGAGUGGAGCAUUAAUGGAGCCACAGUGGACAGCAGUCAGUUCAACAGCAGUAGCGUCCAGGACCAAACCGGGCUCUUCAACAUCACCAGCAUCCUGCAGCUGAAUGUGGAGAACAUCUCCAAAGUGGAGUGUUUCGUGUCUAUACCUGCUCUACCUGUACCGCACACCUUCACUGUCUUCAUUUCUGCAGAGCCUCUAGAAAGUAACAGCGUGGUGGUGAUUGCUGUUACAGUGACGGUGUGCAUCAUUGCUCUGCUGGCGCUCCUCACUCUGAUGUUCUUCUGCAGACAGAAAAUGAUAAGGUCCAAACCAUUCCAGGAUCAGUUAAGCUUUGGUCAGCAGAACACUGAGAACAACUAUGACGAAAGACAAGGGAAAGUUAACUUCGCGUACCACCCUGAAGGUCCUACAGGCUUCAAUAAUCCACAGAAGGCUGACACUGAGAUGACUGCAGCCACUCAGAAGGUCCCUGAUAUCAUCUACAUCAUGUCACGAGAGCCCAGACAGGAGAGUGUGAGUGAUUACAUCAACGUCCAGAGAAGAGAUGGCCCGAAGAAAACUCGUCAGAGCACCACCGUCUGACCACCACAGGCUGGAACAAAUCUGACCUACUGACCACAAACAAAGUCUUUCAGGUUCUGAAUCACUCCAGUAGGAACUUUUCACAAAUCUAGAACCAGUUUCCUUCAUUUUGUCACUCUAGAGGCCUUAUAACUCUGUUUUACAGCUGCUUGAAAAUUCCAGCUGCUGUUUUUAUCAUGUGAACGUUUCAGAAAUGCUCUGAAAUGACCGCUCACUGUUGUAAUGUACAUUAAAGUGAAGAAUGUUUUAAAUCUUCCAGUUUAGAGAGAUUUGGAUGGAGUUUCCCACCAGUUAGAACAAACAUUACCUGUUUUUAUUUAUUUAUUUAUUUUUUAAUUUCUUUUUUUUUUCUCUGUUUCUCACAGCAGUACAAUUAUUAGGUCAUUGUUAUUACUUAUGGUCUCCAAAUCUUGACUUAAGAUCUCAAAAUAAUAUGUUUUGAGUGAUUAAAUUAUAAUUCUGUAUCCAAAUGUUUAUCUAUUGUACAUAUUAAUGACAACUUAGCCAUUAUUUCAGGAUUAAAGUCAUUAUUUAAAUGAUUUUGUUUCUGCUGACUGUAACAAAGAUAUGAUUUUUUUUCUCCUUUAUCUGAUUUGAAUGGACUUCUAUUCACUCUAUACACAAAAUAUGGUUCUUCAAGGGUUCUUUAUUAAUGACAAUUUGUUCUACACAGAACCAUUUCAUGCUUAAAUGCUUCUUUGUAUUAUGAAAUGGUUCUUCAGUUUGAGGAGAAUUAGUUCGGUAUGGUUCUGUAUAGCUCCAGAAAGGUUCUUAUGUUGGUAUAAGCUUGGCAUUGGAGCAAUAACAGAACCCUUUUUGGUGCUACACAGAACCAUUUUCUUACCUGGUACUAUAUUGAACCAUAUGCAACACAUUCUCCACCGAUCUGAAGAAGCUUUUCACCAUUGCAAAGAACCAUAUAAACAUGGCAUGGUUCCAUAUAGAACUAAUGGUUCUAAACAGAACAAUUUCUUUUACUGAAGAACCCUUCUUUGGUGCUAUAUAGAACCAUAUACAACACAUUCUCAAACAAUCUGAAGAACCUUUUCACCAUGCAAAUGAUCAUUUGAGCAUGGAAUGGUUUUGAAAGGAAUUUAUGGUUCUAAAAGAACCCUUCCCCCCUACUAAAGAACCCUUGCAGAACCAUCUUUGUGAAGAGUGUAGUGCUGGUGAACAGUGAUGAUGUGUUCAAAGAGCAUAAAGAUCUGGAUUGAAAGGUUACGUGUCAGUUCCUCUGAAGAUGCAUGAUGGUUUGUUCUGCAGGCCCUCAGAUCUUCUGUAGAGGCUUGAAAGCCGAGUGUUAGUUUUGUUUAUAGAUUGAAAUCUAGAUUUUAAUUUUAUUGUCCGUGUUAAUUUCUAUUACAGUUGUAAUUCCAGAGCACCACUGCCUAUAAACAGCACGUCAUUCAGUUCCACAAACUGUCUGCCACAGAUAUUAAUGCACGGACUCCACUGUGUGGGAAUGAAGGUUUAAGUGAGGGUGUUUUAUGAUUAUCAUUAAACGUCAUUGACUCUAAUUGA